AUGGGCGGCCUCUUCUCGGCUCCUUCGGCUCAGCGCUGCCCGAUGUCGACGGACAGCGACCGUUCGGGCUCCCCGGCACCACCCGUCACAGUGUCCACGACUGUGCGGGUGACUCGUGGGACCAGUGGUAACAGGAAGCGCACGACAGUGCGCGUCGUAAAAGUCCGCGCGAGCAGGUCGGCUUCGUCCGUGGACGCUGCCACGUCAAGCGAGAGCUCUGACUGGUCCGAGUAUGGCAUGUGGGACAAUGCCAGUGAGAGUGCCGGCAGCCACGCCAGCGACGCCACGCGGGCAAGUUCGUCCGCUGUCGCAUCAUUCUCCGGCACAUCGCUUGUCUCCAGUGCCAGCAGCAACAGCAGCAGCAGCAACCUCAGCAGCAGCUCGAGCAGCAGCCUGUCUUCGGACGAGUGGGCGGCGCGGUCGCCACCGCACAAGCUCCAGCGGUGCAGGUGGCCCUUCACCACUCGCCGCAGGAGGUCAUCUCGACGCGUGAGCACCAACGACCAUGCUGAAGCUGAUGAGGCCUCCGAGAACGGCAAUCGCGAGAUACCCGGCACGAGCGGCGACCUGAUCAGGAAGCUUCGCGAGUUGGAGGACGCCCUGACCUGCGCCAUCUGCAUGGAGCGGCGCCGCAAGGUGGUCUUCAUGUGCGGCCAUACAGCCUGCAGCAGUUGCGCCACCCGGAUCGACGUCUGCCACAUCUGUCGACGUCCCAUCGAGCGAAUGAUCCGACUUCAUUAGGCUUCUUCCCAUCGUGCCUCUGUGCAGGCAGAAAUAAAUUUUCGCUC